CGAUGAUCUCUGUCCUUCUCUACCAUAACCAACUCAUCGUCUGAACUGAUCCUCUCUUUUUCUUUUUUUUUACCUCUACAUAGAGUCCUGGGUUCUUUCUACUUUUACUAGCGUAUAUACUGCCUGCCCAAGGAAUAAUAAUCCACUUAAAAAUCCCCCCUCGGCAAUUGCCAUCCGGCCCUAAACUUUCUUAAGCUCGAGACCAAACCAAAUCAUUUGUUUUCAAGCCACAAACAACGACAAAUACCAAAAACAUCUGGCCGAGGACGAGUGUCGAGGACUCAGGACCACAAAACAAGACAUUUACUUCUGCCAGCGUCGAUUGAAAGAGUCUACUCUCCUUUCUAGAUGUCAUUGGCUCAACAUGUCUCGGCCUUUGAAGGUGUCGAUCAAGAUUACACGACAGACGACAUCGGAAGCUUGAGGCUUUCGCGACAACCAAGCCUACAGAUCAAUUAUGAUCCCAUCCCUCCUGCUUCUGUUGUAGGAGCAGAUGACGGUGAUGGAGGAGACGACGAUAGAAUCGAAAAUCUUCACGCGUACGAAGUGUCUACCACCAAACGUAUCGCUCAAAUCUUGGUCGGUGUCGUGUCGUGCGUGUUGGCUUCGGGCAUCGUAUUUGGCUUCGACGCACUCAAGACUAUUCUUGUCGAGGAAGAUGUUUAUCGAGAACAUUGUACCGAGGAAGAAUUGGCGCAUGACGUGAGGUUGUGCUAUAUGCAAGAUCAAAAGCUCAACUUGACAUUCAUCAUUGCUUCGGUCACAGCAAACAUUUCGGCCUUACUCGUGGGAAGUAUCCUAGAUCGAUAUGGACCCAAGGUCUGCGGCAUCGCGAGUUCUGUGGUUUUGUUUCUUGGAUCCCUCCUCAUGGCUUUUGCGAAAGAAAUGCCCUUUGACGCCUACCCGGCAGGGAGUUUUUUGUUGUCGCUCGGCGGAACUUUUACCUUUGUACCUUCCUUCCACCUGGCCAACGCGUUUCCUCGCUUCCAGGGACUCAUCCUAGCUCUCGUCACGGGAGCCUUUGACGCGUCUGCAUCGGUGUUUUUGAUCUUCAGGCUCAUCUACCAGAGAUCCCACGGCGCAUUCGGCCCUCGACAGAUCUUUUUGGUUUUCUUGGUCGUCCCAAUUUUCAUCUUGGUCACUCAACUCACCGUGAUGCCAAAACACAGCUACGAGAGCCGAGGUGAAUUGACCAACAGCCUUGAAAAGGCCAACGACGCCACGCUGGACAUUCACGACUCGGACGAUGAACUCGACACCGCCAUGGACGUGAUGCGGGUGAGGUCUGAACGGGCGAUGCGACGUAGACAGUCCAUCACCUCCAUCACCGAGCUUCUGGGUACGCCCAUCCAACAAGACAAGUACGAGCAAAAGGAGGACCAGAUCCGAGUCAACAGCGGCGUGUGGGGGGUCCUCCACGGUGUGCCUGCGUCCAGACAAAUCCGCACCCCCUGGUUCAUACUCAUCACCCUCUUUACCGUCCUACAGAUGGCCAGGUUCAAUUUUUUCAUCGCCACCAUCUACUCGCAGUACGUCUACAUGUUAAACUCGGAGGAACUGGCCAUCAAGGUCAUUGAGUUUUUCGACCUCGCAUUGCCAAUUGGUGGGUUGGUCACCGUGCCCUUUAUCGGGGUGUUGCUGGACCAAACGAGUACCGUCGCCGUUCUCAAUUUGUUGGUCUUGUUGAGUACAAUCAUUGGCGCUCUCGGUGCAGUCCCGACAGAGUGGGCAGCAUAUGCCAACGUGACAUUGUUCUGUCUAUUCAGACCACUUUAUUAUUCUGCCAUGUCUGACUACGCUGCCAAGGUAUUUGGUUACGCAACUUUCGGAACAGUCUACGGAGCCAUCAUAUGUCUAUCGGGUUUGUUUACUUUCACCCAGUCUGGUCUCCAAGCGUUGGUACACGACUCCUUUGACGACGACCCGGAACCUAUCAAUCUUGGUCUCGCCACCGCCGGACUUGUCCUAGGAGUGGCAUUGGUCAUGUACGUCGACAUUAAAGGGAGAGCCAUACAACGUGAACGAGCCAUUGCUGCGAUGAAUGCCGUUGCGAACGACGAACGAAGACCAUUGCUUGGUAUCCAGAAUCGAAGUAUGAGGUCCAACAGUCGACCAAUGACUUCGGAUCAAAUGUUUAAUGUCGGUGGUGGCGGAAGCAUCAGUGGUGCUGGUAGCAUUGGAGCACCAGGAUCUCUUCGAGUACCCAAAUCAAGUCUUUUUGCUACUGGUCGCGAUGAUGGAACGGGGAAUUUGAUGAACUAUGGUACUAGUCCAAGUCAUGGAGUUGCUACUGGCUCAGGUAUAGUUGCAGGUCUUGGAGCAGGUCUUGGAGCAGGUCUUGGGGCAAGUGUUGGUCCAGUAUCAGGAUAUGAUGAAGUCGACAAUGAUGGUACAUCCGGACCCACGACAACAACCGGUACUGGUGAAGGUGGUGGUGGUGGUACUGUUGUUCGACAUCAUGGUCUGAUGGCCAGAACUAGUCGACAAGGAUUGAAUUGGUCAUUGUCAACUGUUCAAGAAGGGAGGGAACCUGAAACGACAGAGAUUCGACAUGAAGAAGAGGAGGAGGAAGAACAACAGCGGCAGCAGCAGCAGCAGCAGCAACAACAAAAUGACCAAGAUCGAGAGCAACAACAGCAGCUUUACACAGACUGAUGGUGGUACAUAAAAAAAAGGAGGGUCCGAACGAACCAUCAACCCAAAACUUGAAAACUGGCUUGUAUCUCACCACUGGCUUUGACUUACUUUACUUCCACAAACAACGCCCACACGACACCAAAAGGGCAUGUUACCAACAGGCAUAUUUACAACACAUUACAGCAGCAUACUUACAGCGUGGGAAGCAUUUCUAUCCCCUUUUCUCAUAUUAUCAUCAUCGACUUUUCCAGCCCGGCGUCUCCGAUUUGAUCGGGAUGGUAUGAGAAAGGGACAAACUGUACAUCAUACGAUGCAUACACAAUACGGUUCAUGGUACAUGCAUGGUACAUGGUUCAGUGGGUGACGACAAAUUUGUUCUUGUUCAACUUUGAAUUUCGUUCGAACUUUUCUCUUAGCGAUUGUAUUUGUUUACCCGGGAGGCGGGGCGCAUUUACUGGUUGUUUGACAUGAUUUUAUCCAAUGCCCCCAUGAUUUCUAGCGUUGGCUUGAGCAUUAGCAUUGCAUUGGUAUUGAUAUGGCAUUGGUAUGGCGUGGGGUGUGUAUGUGUGUGUGUGCGUGGCGUUUUUGGACCGUCGAUUAUGGUGGCAUAGAUACGUACUCUCCGUAGAGAGAGAGAGAGAGAUGCAUGUCACCUUUGACCAAAACUAUCAUGAUACCUCUUUCUAGAUGGAUAUCAUAAUAAUAAAUAGCACAACCCGUCAUC